CGGAAGUGAAAAUCCAUGUUGACCUGGAAGGCUUGAAAGGAUACUUGUAAUGAAUAUUUUCUCUGGUAAACUCUAGAUUUGUGGUGGUUUCCAGCUCCCACCACCAAUACCAAUGAUCUAUCAAGAUCUAGUCUUGGAGGUUGAAAGAACAAGAUGGACUACAACUAUGCUCAUGAGAGACAGGAGAAUCGCUCCAACCCGGAGACAGGCCAGGGGCACCCUCAGAACCAGCACCUUCUACAUUACCAACACCAGCAGUACCCUCCAGCACACCAUGCUAUACAGGCAGGGUACCCGGGACUCAGGCUUGCCCCUUACAUGAACCCGCUCCAGGGUGCAGGGACCCCAUCAGGACUGGUCCACAGUCAGGAGGUUGGUCUGGUCCAGCCCCCAAGGGUUCCAACCACAGGUUCAGCAGCGAGCAGUAGGGAUUCCAGUCAGAGUAGCCAUGAGUUUGACAACGUUCUUAGUAACGUCAUGCAAGGGAGCAAUGUGCAAGGGCAUUAUCAGCAAGAGCCUGCUCCCCACAGCCAGCAUGGGAUGCCUCUUCAGCAGAUCCCAUCCUUACCAUCAGCCCAACAACCCUCACCGCCCCUUCAGCAAGGCCAGGCUCACACCGGUAGUGGCGAUGCCUACCACAUUGAAGACCUCUCCCACAACACCUCCCACAGCCGUCUGGCCACUUCCACCUCGGGCGGUCCAAUGAACACAACACCAGGUAGCAUCGGUGGGUGUGCCAACACCACCAAGAGCAACUCCAGAGUCAUUGCUUCGACUGGACGCACGCCUAAGAAGCGAGCUGCGCCAGGAUCGAGCCCUAAGCAGCCGAGCAAGCCACCCAGCAUGCGAGCACCGAUGACGCAGAUAGUGACACCUCAGGCUUAUCAACAGGCGCAAAUGCUGCAGCAGCAGCAACAGCAUCAGCCUCGCCCAAGGGAAUGCAUGAGCUUCAGCAAGCAUUGUCAGACGGAGCCCUUGUUCCAGCAGGUCUACAAUGCAUCCAUGCAGUUCACUAAGGAGAACGAUCUACCUGACGGCCUGGAGUUUACCGAGGAUGAGAAAGAGAAGAAGAUAUCGGGUGUCGUCGCAACCAAAGACUUUGAGCCUGGCGUGGAGUUUGGACCGUUCACUGGAGAGUUUGUGAAGGAGGGGUUAGGCUGUUUCAACCCAAAUACAUGGGAGGUGUGUGUGAGGGGGAAGACUUGGUACUACAUCGAUGGAGCGACGGACCCCAACAACUGGAUGUACCAAGUCCGGUACGCCAGAAACACUGAGGAACAGAACAUGGAAGCUUAUCAGUUCUACGGGGACAUCUUCUUCCGCACCACCAAGCUCAUCAAGAUGGGUACGGAACUGAGGGUCUUCUAUGGCCAGGACUACUGCAAACACGUGGGCUUCAAGGAAAGCCUCAACAACUUGCUCUAUUUCAAAGAUGCUGAGAGAUUUGAGUGCAGGGACUGUGACAAUCGCUACACCAACUCCAAGAGCCUGUUUCGACACAUCAAGUUUGAACAUGACAAGGAGAACAACCUGAUCCCUCCAGAUCAUGUCGAAGUGGCCAAGAGCACUCCACCUCUGAAGCCAAAGAUACCAAACCUGAUGACGAUCAAGGAUGUUGCAGCCAAGAUGGCUCGAGACAAAGAGCGUAAUGCAGAGAAGAACAAGGCUAGGCAAAGACCCAAGGUGGACAAGUCCAAGAGGUUCCUGAAGGUCAAGCUUGUCCCACUUGGAAAGUCUUCUGCAGAGAAAUAUGAGAAAGAAGAGGAGUUCUCCUGCAAAAGGUGCAGGAAGAAGUUUCCAUCUGAGGGACACUUAAAAGAACACGCUGCGUUCCACAAAGAGAUGAGAGAUGUGAGGCCUAUAUGUGAGGUCUGUGGACUUGAAUGUAAGCACAACAAAGCCUUGAAGCAACAUCUGCUGUCACAUAACCCUCAUGCGUACCAGUGUGAGUUCUGCAAGAGGUAUUUUAGGAGGAGGGGUUGCCUUGUGUACCACUUGCGGCACAUCCACCAAACCUUUGUGGGGAAGAAGUGGACGAGGGGCAACGCUCAGGAGCAGAUGACGAGAUAUGUGGGGCCCGGCGAGGAAGAUGAGGAAGAGGAAUUUCAUCCUGAACUUGCCAAGGACAUGUUAGAAUCUGACCCAAGAAGCACCCAUGAGAGGCAUGAUAAGGACCAAGAACAGAGCCAGAAACUGGACCCCAAAGAGGUAAAGGACCAGACUCAAGACAAGAUUUUUGAGCAAGAUGAUGAAAACAAAAAGACUUUACCAGUCUGUGAAAUAUGUGGGGAAGAAUGCAAGCACAACAUGGCUUUAAAGCAGCACCUCCUGUCCCACGACCCCACCACUUAUCAGUGCCAGUACUGCGAUUGGUUCUUCAAGCGGAAAGGCUGUCUGAUCUUCCAUCUCCGCACCAAGCACAAGAUCUCUGCAGGGAGGAAAUGGCUGAGGGGGACAAUUGAUGAGCUUCUGGAGAGGGACAAUGCUUUGGAAGAUGAUAGUGAGGAAGCCAGGCUGGAGGAAGAACUGAGGAAGCAGAAGCGGUUGCAACGGCUUGCCAACAACCCCAAGGGACCGAGACAUAGGUGCAAGCUCUGCGGAAAGGAGUGUGAGCAUACCAGAGCCUUGAAACAACAUGUGAUGUCUCAUGACCCCAAAUCGUUCCAGUGCAAGUUCUGCAAGUGGUACUUCAAAAGGAAAGGAUGUCUUGUUUUUCACUUGCGGACAAAGCAUCAGGUGUCCGUUGGCAAGAAGUGGUCCCGCCUUGAGAAAGAGGAUCUCAUGACACGAAGCAAAACUGAUGAGGAAGAAGAUGAUGAAGACAAUGACUAUUUUGAUCCAAAUGAGAGUGUAGCAGAGGAAGAAGAUGAUGAAGAAAAGGACUAUUUUGAUGAAAAUGAAAGUGUGGUAGAAGAAGAAGAUGAUGAAGAUGAUGACGAUGAUGACUAUGUUGAUGAAAAUAAUAGUGUUGUAGAGGAAAAAGAUGAUAAAGACAAUGACUAUUUUGAUGGAAAUGAUAGUGUAGUAGAGGAAGAUGAUGAUGAAGACAAUGACUAUUUUGAUCCAAAUGAAAGUGUGGUAGAGGAAGAAGAAAGCAUGGAACAGAGUGGUACUGAUGGAGAAGAUGAUGAUGGGGUGGGGGAUCGAGGACAAGUGCUUCCAAAGGAACCUAAAAGAGCAGAUACAAAGAAGGGCAGGAGCACAAGCAAUAAAGCCCUCAUCUGCAACAUAUGCGGACUUGAGUGUGAGCAUGGUAAGGCACUGAAGCAGCAUCUGAUCUCCCAUGAUCCAAAGUCUCUCCAGUGCAGCUACUGCAAGAGGUACUUUAAAAGGAAAGGUUGUCUUGUUUUUCACUUGCGGACAAAGCAUCAGGUGUCCAUUGGCAAGAAGUGGUCCCGUCAUGAGAAAGAGGAUCUCAUGACACCAAGCAAAAUUGAUGAGAAAGGAGAUGAUGGAGAUAAUGACUAUUUUGAUCCAAAUGAGAGAGUGGUAGAGAAAGAUGAAAGCCAGGAACAAAGCGGUACUGAUGGAGAAGAUGAUGAAUGGGUGGAAGAUCGAGGAAAAGAGCUCCGAAAGAGACGUAAAAGAGCGGUAACAAAGAUGAGCAGGAACACAAGCGACAAAGCCCUCAUCUGCAAAAUCUGCGGACUUGAGUGUGAGCACAGUAAGUCGCUAAAGCAGCAUCUAAUUUCCCAUGAUCCAAACGCUCUCCAGUGCAGCUACUGCAAGUGGUACUUUCGGAGGAAGAGCUGUCUUGUCUUUCACCUCCGCACAAAACACCGGGUGAAUGUUGGCAAGAAGUGGUCCAGAGGUAAUGAGCUGGUGAAAAACGCUGUUCGAGCUAAAGCCCCGAAAGCUCUCGAGCCAAAGGACCUUGGCGAUUUGCAAGGUGGAGCGAGCACCCAGCUUGAGGAUUCCUCAACGACCACUAUCCUCUACAGCUGUAAGUUCUGCACCAAGAAGUUCACCAAGCCUGACUUUCUGCUGAAGCACGAGGCUAUCGUUCAUGUGAACUUCAGGAGGUACAGGUGCCGUGUUUGCCGUAAAGCCUUCUCUACCAAGUACGCUCUGCAAUCUCACUCCCACAUCCAUGUGGGUGAGAAGAGGUUUGAAUGCUUCAUCUGCGACCGGAAGUUCAACUCCAACAGCCUUCUAGUGAGGCAUCUCAUGCAUCAUGAUAAACCAGACAACUCAGACCUGGUCUUUGCGGCUAUGCAGCCUCACGUUUUAUCAGAGAGUGGAGAUCCGAUAGACGAGACGGUUGAAGCCGAAUCUGCAGCACCCUCAACCAUUGAUGUCUAGACCAACACAGCAACUUGGACCAUGUAUUUGCCGCUAUGCAGCCUCACGUUUUAUCAGGGAGUGGAAGUGGAGAUCCGAUGGACGAGACGGUUGAAGCCGAAUCUGCAGCGCCCUCAUCCACUGGUCUCUAGACAACCACAGCAACUCAACUAAUUCUUGCCAUCAGCAUUUUCAUAUUUUUCUCCUUUAUUGAUAAUCAAAUGAUAUAUUUAUUAUUGACAAUGACAAAUUAGUUCUUACAACUUUCGUAUUUUAAUAUUCAGUCGAUAUAACUAUCAACUGCAAUGUUGUGGAUGGUUUGUUUUUGUGUGUGUAAGACAGACUGUACUCAUUUAGAAGAUACUCAGUGAUACAUUGUACCAUGGUAAAAGUGUGCUCUAUGUAGUGUUGUAUUUGGACAAUGUCAACUCGUGUGUCACUAUAUAACUGAUACAUCUUCUUUGGACGUUAGAAUGAAGUUUCUGAAAUGUUGAUGAAACAGUACAAAUGAAUUUGUACAAAUUUAUGAUACUGCAACAAUAUUUCCAAUUUAUUUUGGCAGGUAAUGAUUUUUAGGUUACUACUUGUUUCCAAUUGGGACAUUUGAAAAUUUGUCUUUUUAUUGAGCUGCAAUCUGUACAGACUGUACGCUGAUGACAAUGACUCAAAUUUGUAUCUGUAACUUUUUUAAUGAUACAUUUACAUGUAUGUGUAUUAAUGGAUUUUAGCUUUGUAUAUUAUCAACAGAUUAAUUACCGAAUUAGUGAAACUUUUUCCUUGAUGAGCUAUAUGUUAGUUUGAUAAUUUUAUCAUGAUAUUGCUUACAAAUUGUGUGCAAUUGUUUUAAAAAUUGCCAAUGCAUCAUUCAAAUUUGCAAAAAUGAAUUGCAAAGAUGGGUUUUAAUAGUAUCAUGAUGAGGAAAAUUUGUCAAUGAAGAUGUGUGCAAAUACUUGUACUUGUACUUGUAAAAUUUGUGUAUAUUCAUUGUAUAUCAUUCAAAUAUUUAUGUUUUACCACUUUUAUGCAUUGUAUCCAAUCUAAAUGUAAAUGUAUAGUACUUAAAGUUCAUUCUUAAAAGUAUAGACCAGUUCUGGUCAUGCGAUUGCAUUGUGAAAGAAACGUAGUGGAAUCGAUCAGAAAAGGUUGAUCAUCUAG